AUGCCAACCGCGACAACCACUACAGUCGCAAAGACAGCCUUAUUUCAGGCACAAAUUCCUCUAAAAGCAACCUUGGAGUCCUCAAAUAUACCGCCAGCAUUGUCUCCAUUCAAGUCCAAGACGCUUGAGGCGUCUGUAGGGACGACCCUUCGUUCCCUCUACAAUCGUGCAGCGCGAGCUUUCGUGCUGAGAGAUAUCCCCCUCACACAUACUCUUCUUCGAUCCGCGUUUGAUCUCUUGCAAUCGCCUCAGAGUUCUACUGACUCGCUAUCGGACCAGAGGAGAAAAUGGGAUAUUCUACGAAUCACAUUUGAGUCUACAGUAUACACGUCCCCACCAUCCGCAAGCGAUUCUCUACCGGAGGCCCUCCGCGAAAUUCUCUCAGAAUCACCGCAAGCUCUAGCAACUUCUAUAUACACUCGCUCACUUGCCUUAUUCACUCCGACGGCUGGUAGCGCUCAGAAGACUGUCUUAAACGCCGCAUACCUCCCAACUCAGGUGCUAACUACCUUGGUAUACUGCUGCCUAAAGGUAGACGCACCGGAUGUAGGACGCGUGAUCAUAGAAGAUUGGCUUGCUCGGAGAGAUAACCAAGCAGACGCUGGGGGUGACGGCUAUGUGAAAGUCUUGGAUUUGUAUUGUCUUCACAUCCUUCCAAAACUGGGCCAAUGGGAUUAUGCGAAGGAGUUUUUAGAGUAUGAAGGCGAAAUGCCUGCUCAGAAAAGAGAGCAUCUGAAGGCCACUCUGAACAACCAAUACAUGCAAGCCUUAGCUGCCCGCCGCACUUUUACUCCUACGCAAGACGCAACUCCCUCUGCUCCUUUAUCAGGCUCGUCAUCGCCUCGUUCUUAUUCACCUGCCCCUUCCUCCGCCUCUUCCUCUUCCUCUUCCUCACUAUCCACCACUUCAACACAUACCGUCGUCCCUGCAACUUCAAGGGGCAAUCGCUUCUCACCAUCCGGAUUGACAAACAUCUCUCAGGCAUCUUCAUCCUCAAUAUCUGUAGCAUCUGAUGAAACCGCUACACCCAUAAAACAAUCAGGCCCUAUACCCCUUAAUGGCACUAUUCAAAGCAGCAACCCCGCCCAGAGAUCUUCCCGCUCGCCUUCAAAAGCUCGCACAAUGUCAUCAUCAGCGAGUUCUGCCUACUCAACACCCCAUCCCCGCGCACAUCUUGCACACCAGGUGUCAGCGCGGCCAGGUUCGCCCAGCAUCUACGCGCUCAUCCGGGCAUCGCUAGCUCCGUACCUCACUAGCACGAAGACGACUACAUUCAUCCUGUUAUUUGUUCUUGUUCCGCUUAUAUCGUUCAUUCUGCGGAUGAGGCGCCAGAAACGGCUGCUGGAAUCCGGGCUGGGCGCGCUGGGGAUAGGCGGGGGAGGGACGACUGCGGCCGGCAUCGCGGCGGCAGCUGUCUCAGCGGGCAGCAGUAAUGCUGAGCUAGUACGGCGGAGACUGCAUGCUGCAGGCGGGGGCGCUGAGGGCGGCGUGGUAUCGAGAGCGUGGUGGGAGAUUGUCCGCGCUGUAGGAGAUACGGUGCGGAUGGCUGGCAGUGGGCUUGUUUAG